UAUAGCUUGAAUAACGCCAGGAGUUAGUUAUAUAGGUUUACCAAUGCUGCUAAGAUAAUGGCACCCUAAAACGUCACGGUGGAGAACGGACGAUCCGCUCCGCAGUCCCCGCGGGGAGAUGGAGAUUGUGGCGCCGCAGGUUGCUGUACCGGGGAUUUAACGGCAAUUAUCACCGUCACGCCAGCCUGAGCAUUCUCGGAUUUCUUGGUUCGUUGGACCCCAAAGGACAGACCUGAUGACUCGGAACCCCUUCGGAAACCCCCUCAAGGCGCCUACCGUUUCAUCGCAGUGUGUCAGGCAGUAACAACCGAAGGCCUCUGGUGUCUCUCCACAUCCCUUCGACCUUCGCCAGUCGCCCACUCCCUAUCCACUCUUCCUCUCGCUUCCUUCUUCUUCUCUCUUUCUUUCCUCUCUACCCCUGGCGCUACGUCUUCCUCCGAUGUGCCUGCUUCUCGUCUGAUCGUCCCGUGCGACACUGUCAGCCAUGAGUGUCCCGCUACCCUUGCGGUCGGCACUGGGACCGUGUCUCGCAGGUCCCAGUGCACGCGCGGGGAAGUUCUUCCUGUCGACGCAGUCCGUCUCUCAAAUUCGCCGGUUUACUUUCCUCACCUCUUCGCAGAAGAGACGCUCGCUUCCUCGACUCCAACCCCAAUGGCCUCGUAUCUCCAAGAGAACUGCUACAACUACUCCUCCGACUUCGGAGCUUGUCGCGGCUACACCCUACUCCGCGUUGACUGUGGGUGUGCCUCGCGAGAUAGCUCCGAAUGAGCGCCGUGUGGCUAUUACACCACAGAAUGUUACCUUGCUGCUGAAAAAGGGCUUCUCGCGCGUGCUCAUCGAACGAGGAGCCGGCGAGGGCGCCCAAUUACUCGACCAUGCCUAUGAAAAAGCCGGUGCGACAAUUGUCGAUCGGGACACGAUCUAUUCCGACAGUGACAUUGUCCUCAAAGUCCGAGGUCCGCAAAUUGACGGGCCUUUCAAUGAGGUUCAGGCACUUCGCAAAGGCUCCACGGUAAUCUCGUUCUUGUACCCGGCUCAGAAUAAGUCCGUCGUGGAUGCGCUUGCCGCGCGCGGAGUCACCGCGUUUGCGAUGGACCGGAUCCCCCGAAUUUCUCGCGCCCAGGUGUUUGACGCCCUGAGUUCGAUGGCCAAUAUUGCUGGAUAUAAGGCUGUUCUAGAAGCAUCGAAUCAUUUUGGUCGCUUCUUGACUGGCCAGGUGACUGCUGCUGGAAAAAUCCCCCCGAGUAAAGUUCUCGUCAUCGGAGCGGGCGUGGCCGGUUUGAGUGCCAUAGCCUCGGCCCGGCGGAUGGGCGCGAUUGUUCGUGGCUUCGAUACUCGACCCGCUGUCCGUGAACAGGUUCAAUCUCUCGGUGCUGAAUUCGUCGAAGUCGAUUUUCAGGAAGAUGGAGCUGGGCAGGGCGGUUACGCCAAGGAGAUGUCCAAGGAGUUCAUCGAGGCCGAGAUGAAGUUAUUCAUGGAGCAGGCUCGCGAGGUCGAUAUUAUUAUCACCACGGCAUUGAUUCCCGGAAGGCCUGCUCCCAAACUGAUCACCAAAGAAAUGGUGGCUGCGAUGAAACCCGGCUCGGUCAUUGUGGAUCUUGCGGCUGAGGCUGGUGGAAAUUGUGAGGCAACUAUUCCCGGAGAGCUAGCUAGCUACAAGGAUGUCACCAUCAUUGGCUACACUGAUCUGCCGUCUCGCCUGCCCACUCAAUCCUCGACCUUGUACUCGAAUAACAUUGUGAAGUUGCUGCUGUCCAUGGCCCCCGAGGACAACUCCUUUGGCAUUGAUUUCAAUGACGAGGUAGUCCGGGGGUCCAUCGUGACUCUGGAUGGCGAAGUCGUUCCUCCAGCUGCACCACCCACUCCACCUCCAACCCCGAAGCCGGAAGCUCAAGUGGCGGCUGCUAAGAAGGAAGAAGUGCUUGCUUUGACUCCUUGGCAGAAGGUCACUCGAGAUGUCACCUUGGUCACCGGUGCCAUGGGCACAACACUCGCUCUUGGCAAGGCCGCUGGGCCUAUCUUCAUGAGCAACAUGAUGACCUUUGGUCUGGCUGGUCUGGUUGGAUAUCGCGCUGUCUGGGGUGUUGCUCCGGCUCUUCACUCGCCUCUCAUGAGUGUCACCAAUGCUAUUUCGGGCAUGGUCGGUAUCGGCGGUCUUUUCAUCAUGGGCGGAGGCUAUACCCCCACCACUCUCCCAGAGUAUCUCGGUGCUGCUUCCGUACUGUUGGCGUUUGUCAAUGUGUCCGGUGGCUUCGUGGUGACCAAGCGCAUGCUGGAUAUGUUCAAGCGGCCAACCGAUCCCCCCGAGUAUCCCUGGCUGUAUGCUAUUCCCGGUGUCGUGUUCGGUGGAGGUUUCCUCGCCGCUGCCAGCACGGGCAUGUCUGGUCUAGUUCAGGCCGGAUAUCUUGUUAGCACAAUAUUGUGUAUGAGCUCGAUCUCGGGGCUUGCCUCCCAGCAAACUGCCCGACGUGGAAACAUCUUUGGUAUUUUGGGUGUCGUCUCUGGUAUUUUGGCUUCGCUGGCUGCCGUGGGCUUUGAUACCGAGACACUCACGCAGUUUGCUGUUGUGGCGGGUACUGGUGCACUCGUUGGAGGACUGAUUGGUCGGCGCAUUACCCCUACCGGUCUUCCUCAGACCGUUGCCGCUCUGCACUCCGUGGUCGGUCUUGCAGCCGUCCUUACUAGCAUCGGCAGUGUCAUGGUUGAUAUUGGUGACAUCUCGACUCUUCACUUGGUGACCGCGUAUAUGGGUGUCCUCAUUGGUGGUGUCACCUUUACCGGCUCGAUCGUCGCUUUCAUGAAGCUUGCUGGCCGCAUGUCUUCUAGUCCAAAGAUUCUGCCUGGCCGACAUGUCAUCAACUCGACGCUGCUGGGUAGCAAUAUGGCUACCAUGGGAGCAUUUAUUACCAUGGCGCCGGGAAACCCAGGAAUUGCAGCUGCCUGCCUGGGUACAAGCACUGUUCUCAGUUUCCUCAAAGGUUAUACCACGACCUCGGCCAUCGGUGGCGCUGACAUGCCCGUCGUCAUUACCGUGCUGAAUGCCUACUCGGGCUUUGCACUCGUGGCUGAGGGAUUGAUGCUCAACAACCCCCUUCUCACCAGUGUUGGCUCCUUGAUCGGUGUCAGUGGUUCCAUUCUUUCGUAUAUCAUGUGUGUAGCCAUGAACCGGUCUCUCACCAACGUCCUCUUCGGUGGUCUUUCCGCACCUGCCCAAACUCAGAAGAAGAUCGAAGGCAAAGUCACCCAGACUACCAUCGAUGAUACUGUAGAGGCUCUCCAGAGCGCGGAGAGCGUCAUCAUCAUCGUUGGUUACGGCAUGGCCGUGGCCAAGGCUCAAUAUGCUCUCGCCGAAAUUGUCUCCAUGCUCCGCGCCCGCGGUGUCAGAGUCCGCUUCGCAAUCCACCCCGUCGCCGGCCGUAUGCCGGGACAGUGCAACGUCCUCUUGGCCGAAGCGUCCGUGCCGUAUGACAUCGUUCUGGAAAUGGACGAGAUCAACGACGACUUCGCCGACACGGACGUCACCCUUGUUAUCGGCGCCAACGAUACCGUUAAUCCCAUUGCAAUGGAACCUGACUCUGCCAUUUCUGGAAUGCCCGUUCUGCACGCGUGGAAGAGCAAGGAAGUGAUUGUCAUGAAGCGGGGCAUGUCAAGUGGAUACGCGGAUGUACCAAACCCCAUGUUCUACAUGCCCGGAACACGGAUGUUAUUCGGGGACGCGAAGACUUCUUGCGAUGCUAUCAAAGCGGCCCUGGAGGCGCGGAAGUAGACGUCGGUUAGGGUUUACACUCCGUGGUCCGACCACGGAGUUCUAUUCUAUUUUCCUUAUUCUUUUUUCCCGUCCAUCACGUACAUUUUCCUUUCUUGGUUAAUGAGGGUAUAUAUCGCUUGGUUUUACUCAUUCUGUGUCUGGUAGCGGUGGCCAAUGCUGUCACCUCCUGAUACCGCAUUAUACCAUGCGUUCACGAUGGCGCGUUUCUAGAUCUCUAGAAUGAGCCGAAGAGCGCUCAAUCUUUAUGGAUUCACCGGACAGAGAUUCGAGAUUAUUCCAUGACAAUCCGAAAAUACCUGGUCGUACGAAUAGAUUCGCCCCCUUUUCUCUAGAUUUGCACCUAUACAAGUGGCCAGAGUAUAGAUCCAGAACGGCUAUGCAUAAUGUAUUCCAAGGUGGGGUAUUUCAUUCGAGGUAUAGUAGCCUAAAUAAAAGAGCCAAUCCCAAUCCUAACACCAUGCACACCAUCUCAUCGCACCAGGGACAACUAAGACACCCAAAUAACAAAACCCGUGAAUCGGCCAAACUCGCACGUAUCCGACAAGCCAAGCAAAGGGGGCACAUCAUCGCAACGGAAAUCAUGCAAUCCUUCUUCGCAAUCCGACACCAAAAUUCAGCCAGGUGAAGUUAGAAGUAAUAACAACCAAAAAUAGGAACCCGGCGAAACCAUGGUUCGGGUCCGCGCCCGAGGUAUCCACCAGAGAGACUCGGACCAAACACUUGAUGGAAGGUUCAAUUAGAUAAACAUUAUCCAGCCCGAUUUUGGGGCACGGGGGUUUCCGGAAUCGAGUUCAGUAUGAGUUGAAGGCAAGACGAGACGUGGAAUGUUAUUCCCGUAUUCGCGUAAAGGAGAAGGAUGCAGUAGGGGGGAAAGAAGAGAAGAUGAACGCCAGGGAACCCGAGGAAACUUGAAUCGGAUGAAAGCCCAGAACAAGUAAUAUAACAAGAAACAAAUCAGAGAACCGCCGAAGAAACUCCAGACAGCAAAGAAUAUGAGACGGUUGGUCAUCCCUCCGAAAAAUAGCCUGAGAGAUAAUACUAAAGCUAUCCAGGGGAGACGCUUCGGUAGACCUUUGGAAAGAACAUUCAAAACGCCAUUGCACAAAACAAAAUAUCCGCCCGUAAAAAAAAAACAUUACCGAAUUAGAUAUACCUCGUACCAAGGGGAAACAAUAAUAGAGUGUAAAUCAAAACGAAAGAAGGAAAUUAGGCCUUUGUGAAGGACUUUUUCCCCAGCUUCAGUCCCAUGAACUUCCGUCCACCGGGUGCAGCACUAUUAUGUCGUGCAUGACGGCGUUGACUCGAUUUCCGCACAAUGUGGGAAUCACCAUUCAUCGCUGUCAGUGGCAAAUGACUCUGACUCCCCGAGGUGGGCAUGGGAGGUAUAGGAGUCUGACCGUUGGAGAUAUCCAUUUCCGAGCGUAGGCUGCUCAUGGAAUGGAUGCUGGAUGUGGCCGAGUGCUUGCGUGUCAUGCGGCGCAUCAUUGGGGAUCUUGGGGAUAGGAUAUUAGAUACGCUGUGCUUUGAACUGGUGUGGCCGCGUUUCGGGGGCUGGGACUGAGACUGGGUUGGGGGCUGGUAGGUGGUCGGUGGGGAGGAGGCGCAGGAAACUGGGCUGCAGGUGCGGGAAAGAAGGGAUCCGACUUCGCUGUAAUGAUCUGGGAUAUAGCCCAAAUCGGACGGGAAGGGGGAGGCUGGGCGGGAUGCAAAGGAGGGCACGCUGCUGUUGCUGUUGCUGCGGAUGGAGGCUGGUCGAUGGCCGGUUUCCGUGGGACGUCGUGGUCGUGCGUUGGGCAUGGCUGGGAAGGACUUCUCAGCGCCGGCGGUGCGUGGUCGUGGGCGAUACAUUGAUUGUGGCCUGAUGCGUGGGGAUGGGGGUAGGAAUGGAACCACUGGGAUCUCAGAAACGCGGUUGAUGGUUGCGCUUUGGAGAGGAGGACGGAGCGUGUCGUCGUCCGUAAUGGGCAUGGCAGGUGUCGUACAUGUAGAUUCAUCUGAGGUAGACUCGGAAGUCUCCGUGUCAUUCGAUGGAUUUUUCGUCUCGGUCAGCCGUGGGACCGCGAGCCCGUUUUCGAAUCUUCCAUCGAAGAUACGGGACUCGCGAUCUCGAGGGUUUGCCCUUGUGCGAGACCGGCUCGGUCGAGAUCUGGCAUUCUUAGAGCGCGAUCCUAGUGAGUUGAUGAACACCAAGGUCGGUCGGGUUGGGGGCUCCAUCAGGGUGAUCUUCUUGGCAAUCUGAAUCUCGGCGUUUUCCACAGAGAAGAUAGACGAUGGCGAUGACGAGCGAGAACGAACGUUGGUCGUGGUCGGGGGAGUGUUAGGGGAGACAUAGAUUGUUGGCUGCAAGAACAGACUCGAUGCCAGCGGAGCAGGACUAUCUGGCGAAGGCAGUUCCAAAACAAUGUCCUCUUCAGGGUCAAAGACGUAUGCAUCUUCCACGAAACUGACGUCGCUGCUUCGCUUCACGGUGUCUAUAGAGACGGGACGUUGCCGCUUCGCUCCACGAUAUGGUGCCAGCAGCUGCUGCUCCCGGUCUGAGUCGGGGUCAUCAUGCGAGUUCUCGUCGGCGCUGAUAUCCGAGUCAAACGUCGCGGCUCGCUGAGAGCCUGUCAAUGGUGGGAUAAAGUCGUGGCCGCCAGCGUCCGAUUCUGAAACAUCUUCUUCAUCUGAUUCAUACCGCUUUUGGAGGCUUUGCCGGCUCAGACGAUGCAGAGACAGAGUGGUGGUAGGCUCGUACAUGAUGGGCGAGGACGUAUGAGAAAGAUCACAAAUCACAGUACGUUUCAUGCAAGAGUCAAACUGUUCCGGACAGGAGUCGUAGGAAGCGAAUGAUUAGAUCAGAUCAGGGAGAAACCAGCCCGCAACGAAGGACGAAAAUAAUGAGGCACAGAAAUGUGACACGGCAAUAUCCUUUAUCAAGGAAAAGUGAUACCCAACAACCAACCUCAGGGAGACGUGCCAGUUUCUUGAACGAAUGCCAGACAAGCCCACGAAUGGAGAGAACUGUAAAGAAGAACCAGUUCCUUCUCCUGUAACAGGGCCAAGGGAAAGGUCUUUAAUAUCAAGUGGACCCGUCCAGGGUUGAGUAGAAUGUUGAACAGGGGAGCCGCCCUCGGUUGCCGUCAAGGUCACCAGGAACAGGAACAGGAACAGGAAGUAUGAAGAAAUAGAAAGAGGUCCCACUCUGUUAAGAAUCCACCCAGCUCGCAAGUGCCAAGUGGGAGAAAGAGAGGGGAAGGGCUUUUUUAGGGCCCAUCAAGAAAGGGACGGUGUGUAAGAAUCCCUGUCCACGUGUGCCAAAGAUGGGUCGGGGGCUUCAAUGUAGUUAGUGUCCUAGCAUUUUGCUUUAGGAGGCUUGGUCUUGUAUUUGGUCUUUUGUGCAGGAGAUUGUCAUUACUGUCCAGCGAAUUUUAUUUUUCCUUUUUUCCCUGUUUUUGGUGGUCGGGCAUUUUUCUUAUUCUUCUUGGUUCGAAGUACAUACGGUAUUGCUGGCAUUGCAUCUGCAGGACCGUGAAGAACGGCCCUGGAUUGGUCGGAGGGGCCCGACUAGUGAAAUCAUCCAAGGGUCGCUAAGCAGUGUGAUUGGGAUGGGACGAGUUGACCCUUGCAUUUGGGACCAGCAGGGACAACAGGG